CCUUUCACUGAGGAACAAGCUCUCGGAAGGACAGAGACACCCGCCUAGUAGCUGAGCCAGCCACAUCAGUCCUGGAGAGUAGGUGGAGGGCAGAUGCUGUGAUCAUCCCAGAAGAGAAGACACAGUUGGAGGCAGAUGCAUGGUCUCUACUUUCAGCUACCCUCAAUGCAGCCUGGUCCCCAGAGGCCUGAAGAGCGCCUUGUUUAUGUGGUGACCUCGGGAGGGGCUUCUCCUGCACCAAGGCUAUGUGUGCAUGCUAACACAGUAACCAUCAUAUACUCAAAAUAUCAGCUCUAAGAACUGGAGAUGAGGAGCUGCAAGCCAGUCUGCAGUUAUCAAAGGCACAGCUGAGGGGGUUUGUGCUGACCAAGCUAGUUGCCUGGUGUUUGGAUUGGGACAUAUUUACUUUGGAAAAUAUGCAGCAACAGCCCAGCACCAAAGUUCACAUCAAAACCCCACUGAUGAUCUUGGCUGCUUUCAUCUCUGAAGCGCCACUUCUCAGAAACACAGAGCUUUAGCUCUGCCAAAAUGAAACACUUGUUCCACCCACUUCUCAUUUUCCUCAUCAUAACAUCUGCGUGGGGUGGGAGCAAAGGCCCGCUGGAUCAGCUUGAGAAAGGAGGGGAAACUGCUCAGUCUGCAGAUCCCCAGUGGGAGCAGUUAAAUAACAAAAACCUGAGCAUGCCUCUUCUCCCUGCCGACUUCCACAAGGAAAACACCGUCACCAACGACUGGAUUCCAGAAGGGGAGGAGGACGACGACUAUCUGGACCUGGAGAAGAUAUUCAGUGAAGAUGACGACUACAUCGACAUCGUCGACAGUCUGUCAGUUUCCCCAACAGACUCUGAUGCGAGUGCUGGGAACAUCCUCCAGCUUUUUCAUGGCAAGAGCCGGAUCCAGCGUCUUAACAUCCUCAAUGCCAAGUUCGCUUUCAACCUCUACCGAGUGCUGAAAGACCAGGUCAACACUUUCGAUAACAUCUUCAUAGCACCCGUUGGCAUUUCUACUGCGAUGGGUAUGAUUUCCUUAGGUCUGAAGGGAGAGACCCAUGAACAAGUGCACUCGAUUUUGCAUUUUAAAGACUUUGUUAAUGCCAGCAGCAAGUAUGAAAUCACGACCAUUCAUAAUCUCUUCCGUAAGCUGACUCAUCGCCUCUUCAGGAGGAAUUUUGGGUACACACUGCGGUCAGUCAAUGACCUUUAUAUCCAGAAGCAGUUUCCAAUCCUGCCUGACUUCAAAACUAAAGUAAGAGAGUAUUACUUUGCUGAGGCUCAGGUAGCUGACUUCUCAGACCCUGCCUUCAUAUCAAAAACCAACAACCACAUCAUGAAGCUCACCAAGGGCCUCAUAAAAGAUGCUCUAGAGAAUAUAGACCCUGCUACCCAGAUGAUGAUUCUCAACUGCAUCUACUUCAAAGGAUCCUGGGUGAAUAAAUUCCCAGUGGAAAUGACACACAACCACAACUUCCGGCUGAAUGAGAGAGAGGUAGUCAAGGUUUCCAUGAUGCAGACCAAGGGGAAUUUCCUCGCAACAAAUGACCAGGAGCUGGACUGCGACGUCCUCCAGCUGGAAUACGUGGGGGGCAUCAGCAUGCUAAUUGUGGUCCCACACAAGAUGUCUGGGAUGAAGACCCUCGAAGCACAACUGACACCCCAGGUGGUGGAGAGAUGGCAAAAAAGCAUGACAAACAGAACUCGAGAAGUGCUUCUGCCAAAAUUCAAGCUAGAGAAGAACUACAAUCUAGUGGAGUCCCUGAAGUUGAUGGGGAUCACGACGCUGUUUGACAAAAAUGGCAACAUGGCAGGCAUCUCAGACCAAAGGAUCGCCAUCAACCUGUUCAAGCACCAAGGCACGAUCACAGUGAACGAGGAAGGCACCCAAGCCACCGCUGUGACCACGGUGGGGUUCAUGCCACUGUCCACCCAAGUCCGCUUCACUGUCGACCGCCCCUUUCUUUUCCUCAUCUACGAGCACCGCACCAGCUGCCUGCUCUUCAUGGGAAGAGUGGCCAACCCCAGCAGGUCCUAGAGGUGGAAGUCUGGGUGUCUGAAGUGUCUUGGGGGCACCCUCAUUUUGUUUCCAUUCCAAAUGAGAACAGAGAUGUUCUGGCAUCACUUACGUAGUUUAUGCUACCAAUCUGAAUUCGAGGCCCAUAUGAGAGGAGCUUAGAAACGACCCAAGAAGAGAGGCUUGUUGGAAUCAAUUCUGCACAACAGCCCAUGCUGUAAGCUCAUAGAAGUCACUGUAACUGUAGUGUGUCUGCUGUUACCUAGAGGGUCUCACCUCCCCCGUCUUCACAGCAAACCCGAGCAGUGCGUCCUAAGCACCUCCUGCUCUGGUGACCCCAUCCUUGCACACCUGGCUCUGUCACUCAAGCCUUUCUCCACCAGGCCCCUCAUCUGAAUACCAAGCACAGAAACGAGUGGUGUGACUAAUUCCUUACCUCUCCCAAGGAGGGUACACAACUAGCACCAUUCUUGAUGUCCAGGGAAGAAGCCACCUCAAGACAUAUGAGGGGUGCUCUGGGCUAAAGUCAGAGCUUAAUUUUCUCAAAGCCUGACCUUUCAAAUCCAUGAUGAAUGCCAUCAGUCCCUCCUGCUGUUGCCUCCCCGUGACCUGGAGGACAGUGUGUGCCAUGUCUCCCAUACUAGAGAUAAAUAAAUGUAGCCACAUUUACUGUG